AUGACAUCGUCACAACAGCUAGAAACCUUGUCAGAUCUUUUCCCAAGCUACCCUAGAAGCGAACUAGCGGCCCGUCUUUUGUGUCUGAACAGCCUUGAUUCUGUAGUGGAAGAACUUCUAUGUGAACAGCGUCCACAAACGUCAAGCCGCAAAUACCCAGAAGAAGUGGUGAAAUUAGCGGAGCUCUUUCCCCAAUAUUCAACCAAGAAAAUCUCACAGGUCUAUCACCAAAGUGGACAAGAUUCGCAGGUUGCUUUCAAUUCGCUUUUGGCGGGAGAUACUCUGAUUGAUGUCGCACAAAUAUGUGGACUAACAGAUAAAGAGGUGCAACCAUACUUGAGCAAAUACAACAAUGAUCCCCUUACUGCAAUAGCUGACAUCAUUGCCAACCACAAGAAAACAAGAAAAGCCUGGACUUCCCGUGUUCAAGACCGAAAAUCUGCUGUGGUGACGGGAGUUGUUCUUCCCGUCGAUACUGCGUCAUUGAGAGAGCUUCAAGAAAUUAUCUUGGCCAACGAGGAACUCAAAAAGCUCAACUAUGACUUUUUAGUAAAGCUGUUAGCGUUCUUCGGCAACGUUGACAAAACAAUUAGUGUUGCCCAACUAUUCAUUGAUCAUAGCGAUACAACGUUUCUCACUUCCUUGGGAUAUGUUCCGAAAGAGUGUCCCCAGGUGGGCCCAAAGGCGGCGGAUGUUCUAAAAAAGAAACAUGUUCCUUUUCAAACAGUUAGUCCGAAACCCAGGAAUGCAGUUCUUUGUGCAUGGAAGCCCAAUACUAAUACAUUGUCAUCUAAAUCUUCAACAGUCCACACCACCGUGUCUCUGCCACCUCCUUCAAGCAAAAUAGAUUUGCACGGUCUAACAGUGGCACAAGCUAUUUCAGUUACAAAGAAUGCUGUCUCUGAUUGGUGGCUGGCCGAAUUAGCUGCAAGAGUAGAGCAUGGGUUAAUCGACAAGCACGGUACCAAGGUUUCGUUCGUGGAACCGCUAUGCAUAAUCACAGGACGGGGGUUACAUUCAUCAGGAGGCCCAAAAAUAAGGCAUUCUGUGAUCAAAAUGCUAAAUCAGAAUGGGUAUGUUUACGAAGAAGAAGUGGGCCAGCUUUAUGUUAUGGGGCGCAGGAAAUAA